CAUAAAUACGUCAUAGUACCUCUGUUUCUUCGUUCAAUUUGAAAUUAGUGGCUUUCGGUGCGGGUGCAGAACAUUAUAGUCGUGUCGGUAAAAACGUUUACUAGCUGUACUUUUAAUAUUGUAACCAGAGAGGUUUGAAGUGCCGUGUGGAAUCAUGUUCAACAUUGAUUCCCAUUAAAAGAGCACGCAUUUUUUUGUCACUUGUCAAGACGCAGCAUCACAGACACAGCAGGACACGACCAGCAGCGGCACGACAGAGGAAGGCGAACAUUGAGGAUAUCUUGACUUUUAUCGGCGUUACUGCUUGUUUUCUUAGUAUUAGAAAUGUUUCAGGACCACUGGUUUGGUAUCUGGUAGGAAUAGGUUAUUAUAGCUGAUGAAAUGACGAAGAUAUGUUAUAUAAGGCGAAUAACGGAGAUCAGACAGAAUUUAACGUUAGCCUCACAAGAAUCGCAUGUGAUACCUCGACUGUUCUCUAGUAUGGCACAUCUUUAGUUUAGGUAGCUAGCCAGGUAGCUAAUAAUACUUACUGGAUUUUUUUUUCUUGGAACACGAACGUGAUUUUACAGCUACAGCUAGUUUGGUAGCCGUUGUAAAUGCUGGUCUACCCGGUAUUGUGUGCAUUUAAUUUAGCUAGCUAAGCGGCUAACGUUAGCUAAAUGAUGAGGUAGUAUGCGUAAAAGACGAAUGGCCAAAAUUCUAGCCAAUGUUUACUAGAUCAUAGAAUACAGUAGCUUGUAAUUUUAAUAACUAUAGCUAAGUAAUUACCGUUGGCUAUUAAAUAAAUCCAGCCGGUUUACCCUUGUUUUUUGUGGGUUUAUAAUCCAAUCAGACAUAAAUUGUCUUUAUAUGAAAUGGGCCCAUGUCUUAAUUUAGAAAACAAAGAAUUAACGUUAGGCUACUUGAGACUAGGUUAAGCUGCUUAAAGUUUUUCCGAGUUUUUAGUUUAGCUAGCUAAUUAGCUAGAUAACGUUAGCUAGAUACAGUAGUUUGGAAGCGUAGGUAGCUUGCCGGGCUAUCUCGUGUAAGGAGAAAACGCUGUCUGUGAACCUAAACCAGGGUCCGUUUUCUAAAUCGCCGUUUUACGUGCUGCCACAAUGGACAGUCACACCGAUGUUGACAGCAUGAGCGUCAGGGAGGUGGAACCCAUGCCUGGCUAUGCGGGUCUCGUAACGAGAGCGUCUACCGUGAUGAUCAGUGCCUUGAGAGACUGUAGCGCUUGCGGUCUAGAGCUCUCUAAAAGGACGCUCCUGGAAAACGCUUAUAUUACCUGGACCGAAAUCGGUCUUUUCUUCAUGUGCGCCGUUAUGUGGACGCAGAUACGACGGGGACUAACAGAAUGUCUGUUCAAGCCGUUUGCACAAUGGUGUUGUCUCCAGCCCAAAGAUACUGCCAAGAUGCCAGAGAGCGCGUGGAAGCUGGUCUUCUACACCAUGUCCUGGUCCUACAGCACCUACCUGCUCUUCUUCACCAACUACACCUUCUUCCACGACCCGCCCUCCGUAUUCUAUGACUGGAAGAGUGGCAUGACGGUGCCCACGGACAUCGCCAUCGCCUACCUGAUCCAGGGCAGCUUCUACGGACACUCCAUCUACGCCACGGUCUACAUGGAUGACUGGAGGAAGGAUUCUACCGUCAUGGUGGUGCACCACCUUGUCACCCUGGCCCUCAUCACCUUCUCCUACGCUUUCAGAUUCCACAACAUCGGGUUGCUGGUGCUGUUCCUCCACGACAUCAAUGACAUCCAGCUGGAGUUCACCAAGCUCAAUGUCUACUUCAAGACCCGGGGAGGGGACUACUACCUCAUCCACGACAUCUUGUCCAACAUGGGCUCUGUCAGCUUCAGCAUCACCUGGUUUUGGUUCCGUCUCUACUGGUUCCCUCUGAAGGUCCUGUACGCCACCUGUGUGUCCAGCCUCCAGUCCGUCUCAAACAUACCCUUCUAUUUCUUCUUCAACUUCCUCCUCUUAACACUCCUCUGCAUGAAUAUCUACUGGUUUUUGUUUAUAGUGGCGUUUGUAGCGAAGGUCGUGACGGGGCAGAUGAAGGGUGUGAAAGACCUGAGGGAGUACGAGGGCGAGGAGGCAGCUCAGAGGGCCGCAGCCCUGCUCAAGGCCCAGCAGCAGCCGCAGGGUGAAGAUGCAGGACAUCUCAACAACUCUGCUGAAGGGAAGCACGUGCAGAACGGGAUCACUAAGGAGAAGCAUCUAUAACGGCCUCUCUAGCUCCACCUCCUGGCACUUAACUCUGAAUGCAAGCAACGCUAGGCGACCUAGAUUGUUUCAGAUUUAGGUCUAAGUGACUCAAGGGGUCUCGCGAAAAGGAUGAAAAAACUAUUGAUCAUUUUUAUUUCGUUUUUUUAAUUUCAUCGUGUUUUAUUUGUUUAAAAAAAAGUAUAUCACUGCGAAUGUUAUUUCAGGUGACCUUUGUCUUAUAUUAACAUUAUGUUUGAAGAAAGAAAAGGUGUGAGUUUUGGGAAUGUCCUCUCGUGUAGCCUACCAGGGCGUUUAGAAGUCGUGUCAGCUCUGACCAACACUCGCAAGACAAGGUUGAGCUACUGAUGCUUAGGCGUCUAGUCUACACCUAUACAAACUAGAUAAUGUGCACACAUUAGAGGACUAAAGCAUUCAUACAGUAACCAUGUCAAAGGUCCUUUCUAGUAUAGAGACCUGGAUCUGUCUUUUUAAAGAGCGUUCCUCUUAAAAGCGUAGUGGCUUUUUUAGUUCCUAUCCCCUCUUACUCCAGGAGUGUAUGCUAAAAUACUAAAAGGGAAGUAUUGUAUCAUGUUACUACCGCGAGUGUGAGAGUGCAUGUUAUGAGCUGGUUUUGUUUUACCAACAUGUAUUGAUUUUCAUAUCAUUGCACAGAUAGAUAGUGAACACAGACAUUACCCCAGCCUGACCUGCAUUAUUUGAAGAGCCACGUAGGUGUAGUAUUGAUGUGUCUUGUAAAUGUGAAUGACUCGUGUUCAGAUUUUUAAGGGAAACAUAAACUCUUUCAACUUUUUUUCUUACUGUCGAUAAAUACGCAUUGGAAAUAUUGCUUGCAUUCCUGUAUUGAAAAUGUAAUGUCACAUUUUCUGUUUUUAUAGCAUCUGUUGUUGCACUGAAAUGAAGGCAUACAAGCUGAUAGCUGGUUAAUGACAGCCGAUGUAGCUGAAAUUGAUUGAUUGGGUUGAGGAUCAUCCUUAUGAUUUCGUUAAAGAAAUGAAUUUGACUAAUCUUAAUAACCAAUAUGUUGGCGGUUCACAGAAAGCAAAGGGCCCUUGUGUAAAAGAAGAUCAAAAUCAAAUAUGAAAAACAUUUAUGCACAUAUGGUAUUCAGGAAUGCAUGACAUUGGAAUGGUUUUUAGAAUAUGCUAUGAAGUCAUUUUUUAAUAACACAAAUGAAGAAAGAACUACAUAGACUUAUUCUUGAUCAAUGUGCAGAACUCAUCUUAAAAAAAAGUCAUUUGAGCAGACACCACCACACCAUCAUACAGUCCAAAUGGUUCGGUGUCCUCUUUACAUUUGAAUGUGCUCCUGGUUGUGUGUGCCUGUGUGCUACAACUGUCCAGGUUUUCUUUGCUGUGACUUAUAGGGGGUGCUGUCCUUUUCGAUCAAAUUCAAGCUCUUUCGUUAUGAUGAACAGCAUGCUUGUGCUGGAACAGGCCACAGAUGUGGGCAGGUGGAAAUGUCCAUAGUUGUGGACGUGUCUUUCAGUCCCCAGCUACCACUAGUGCCAGUGCCCGGGAUUACCUAGCUUUUGAUUUUACAUUCAAACAUUGUCAUUAUUAUUAUGAUUAUGAUAGAUUUGUUAAAUUUCUGCUGUUUCUGAGAACACUGUAAUCCAGUCGUGUCCCUUUUCGUGUGUAUGCGUCUGUUAAUAGUUUGGGACAGAUGAGGUGCCCUGAUAUCUACCAUGGUACUGUCCACAAAGGUCCGUGUGCACUUUGCCUCCACCUCGGCCCAGCUCUCUCCCGGUCUCUCCUCUCCACCAAAGACAAACACCACCAACAACCUGAUUGGCUCUGUGAGGUGAAACUACUCACAGCAAAUUCACUCUAAAACAAAAUAGGUCGUUUAAGUUUACUUUUGAGGCAGAUUUCGCUGUUCUUUUUUACCAGCAUUGAAUACAAAAGUCCAUCCGGUUCUUGAUGAAAAUGUGGAAACAUUUUGUGGAAGAAGUAUUAUGUUAUGCAUUUCCUUUGAUAGUUUAAGAAUGUGCCAAAAAUGUUGACCUUUAUCACUGAGAAGUGUUCUGAUGAGAGGCCUGGUUGGGACCUGAGUGGCUAGAGGAAGGAGAGGGAGGUUGUAGUGAAUAUGAAGGGCUUACACCCUACAGGUGUUUCUUACAAACUGCACUGUCAUUUUUAUAAUUGUUUAUUAGAGAAAAAGGGAAAUCAGGGGAGAAUUUGGUCAUUUGUAAGACUUUCUGGGCGUUAAGAAUAAAAUGAAGUAUGACGUUAAAUAGUGAAUAGGUUUUAGGUAAAUAGCAUAAUGUCUUGGACCAUUAACACACUGCAAGGUCUCUAACAUCAGCCUCAUUUUUCCCCACUCUUAAAGUUUUAAUCUGACCGCUUUGUAAAUGUGACCACUUGGAAAUGAUAGGUAUUUACUCUUUUGUAAUACUUUUUGUUUGUUUGUUAUAUCUCCAUUCAACCAGUGUUAUUGUAGCAUGUCUUCCCUUAAAAUAAAACAUGUAAAUAAAUAAAAAAGAAACCGGGGUCCCUGAGUUAUUUCUACAAAUUAAUUUAUUCUUUGUCAUUUUCAUUGCAAGAAUCAAGUUUAUGUGGACCAGGUAAAACACAGUCGAGACAGAAAAGUAAAAUGUAGGUGUUGGA